UAUUUUGGACGUUUCUUCAAUAUCUCUCACCACUCUCGGUGUUUCAUUCUAAACUAAUUCGAAAGCUAAAAAUACAAAAUUGUAAUAGAAGUCUUAAGAAAGAACACACGAAUUAAAAUUUCUUCUUAGUAUUUCAGUAAAUACUACUUUCCUUAUCCUAUUGCAAUUCCAAUCUAAAAGACACAUUUUUGGAAAUUUCAUGAGAGUAAAAUAGAUUUGAAAGCCGUAUAAUAGAUAUAUGGCACAACAUAUAUUUGAUCGGGUGUCCCCGUCCAAAGUCCAAUCCUAUAGUUACCAACGUGAACCGUCAAAGAUUGGUCCUCUAUCUAUAAUCGUGAUAUUACGAACUGGAAUGUUCGAAAACAUCAGUACAGUGGUACAUUAUGUAUUCCAGAAAGAGCGAGCAUAUCAUGUGUUCUGUUCGACAUGAGCAUACUCAUACUCGACACCCGCUAUUACAGAUAAAUGUAUAUUUUAUUUUUCGUUAAGGUGUACGUGUCAUCUCUAUUUUUCAAAGGAUGAAGUAAAGCUACUUUUAAUCAUACCAAAUCUGCAUCGUUAUGUUUUAAUCCGGGCUAAUCCAAUAGACACGUAUAGACGUUCAUCGUUCACAUAUUUUAUCAGUUUCUACUUGAAAAGAGAUUCAUACCCAAUAGUUUCGUCUACUUUAGUUUGGAGUUAUAAUUAUAGAAACUUACGAUAAUAGAAUCAUGUCUGUUGUGAAGAUCCCAGACGCUUCUGGUAAAACAGUGACAUUAUUGGAAUGGGAAGGAAGGCUUUAUCCCAACUACAAGCAUCCUGAUAUUGUCAAAAAUGUUCCAUCACUUAAACUUAGAGAAGAUGACGUCAUUCUAUGUUCUUAUCCAAAAUCAGGAACAUACUGGAUGUUUGAGAUUUGUCGAAUGUUAAAAAAUGGUCGGGUAGACCUUGAACAGAUACCAAAAGGCAAAUUUAUGGCAGAGCUUAUUCCACAGGAGGAUUUGGACCAGGAACCGUCACCCAGAGUAAUCAACACUCAUGUAAGAUUCGACAAUUUACCGAAAGAUAUAAAAACUAAGAAACCCAAGAUAGUUUAUAUCAGACGAAACCCGAAGGAUGUGGCCGUUUCCUUAUAUAAUUAUACCAUUAGAAUAACGCCAUUAUAUGAAUAUGAUGGAGAGUUCAAAGAUUAUUUAGAAUUAUUUACUGCUGGAAAAGUUGACUAUGGGUCAUGGUUUGAUUAUGUUUUAGAUUGGGAAAAGGUUAUACGUGAAAAUAAAGAGUUAUCAAUAUUUGAGUUAUCGUAUGAAGAUCUUAAAGAGAAUCCGAUCAGAGAAAUUAGAAGGUUGUCCGAUUUUUUGGGAGUUGAGAGAAAUGAAGAUUUAAUAGAAAGUAUCAAGGAUACUUGUAAAUUUGAGGCUAUUCAAGAAAGGUUCAAAGGUCACAUACAAUUCCUCGAGGAUAGAAAUAAAGCCAUUUACAGAAAAGGUGAAGUUGGUGAUUGGAGAAAUUGGUUUAGUGUAGCAGUGAAUGACUGGUUUGAUGAAAUCUACAAAUCAAAAAUGGCCGGGUCUAAUUUAAAAUUUAGGUUUACGUAAAACGGAAAUUAUUGUUUGUAUUUUAUAUGGUAUCACUUCUAUAUGUAAAAUAUAUAAAUAUAUAUAUAUAUAAUGGCCUCGCCAAUUCAGACUUUAGCUGUCUAUUUUUCUUAAAGUUUUUAAAUAUUACAAGAAACAUGGUUCACGACA